AAGAUGAUUUGGAACAACCUCCUCUGGAUAGUAAUGUUCCUUUCUCUAUAUGGACCUGGAAUAAUGGGGAACAUCUUCAUAUUUGUGAAACAUGUCCAUACACUUGUCACUGGGACUGAGAGAAAACCCACAGAUCUUAUCCUUAUUCAAUUGGCGUUUUCUAAUAUAACAAUUAUUUGUACCCUUGAACUCAAAGAUAUAGCCACAGAUUUUUAUUUCAGGAAAUUCCUAGGUAAGAUUGAUUGUAGACUUGUGGUUUUUCUGGGAAGGCUGGCUCGAGGUCUUUCCAUCUGCACCACCUGUCUCCUCAGCAUGGUCCAGGCUGUCACCAUCAACCCCAGGAUAACCCUGUGGAGAAAACUCAAACCACAGACUGCAGGACAGGUUCUUCCCUAUCUCUUCCUCUUUUGGAUCUUUAAUUCUCUGAUAAGCUCCAACUUGCUGCAUUAUAUCACAGCAGUCACUAAUGUGAACAGAUCUGUUGUUGGCACUUAUGGUAGGUACUGCUAUAUGCUACCAUCUUCUCCAAGAGUGAGGUGGCUUUUCAUCUCUCUUAUGGCUCUUCGUGAUGUUGUCUUCCAGAGUCUCAUGGGCUGGAGCAGUGCGUCCAUGGCUGUCCAUCUGUAUAAACAUCACAAGCGUGUCUCCUAUCUUCACAGCUCCAAGUGUGUGAACAAUUCCAGCCCCGAAAUCAGAGCCACACUGAGCACUCUCAUUCUCAUGACCUGUUUCCUUUUCUUCUAUUGGGCAGAUUUCCUUUUCUCCUGCUAUACAGGUUUCACAGGGGAACAUGAUUACAUAAUUUCAGCUAUUAAAAGUUUUCUAGAACCUGGAUAUGCUGUUCUCAGCCCCUUUGUUCUGAUCAGCAGAGAUGUCCAUGUUGCUAAAUUCUGGAAUAUUCAUUAA